UAUGAGUUACAGGUACGCGGUUACUUCCUGGUUGAGAGCAUGUGUUCAACCGUCACGAAGACACCCAAAUAUAUUUAUCCAUGACAACAAGUGACAAAGAAUAUGGAUAUCACACGACUUUUCCUUGGGGUUUUCAUUAUUGGAAUUUUCCACCUCGAGGAGACAUGUUCCAGUGUUCAUGCCGAGGAAGACAUGACCCGAUACGACACUGACUGUGCCCCCAAGAACUGUAGCCAGGCUGCAGUCGGUCAACUUCCAUACUUCCCCUGCCAGAUUGGACAUAAAGAUGAGUGUACCAAUAUCAGUAAUCGGUAUAACAACUCGCCAUCUGUGGCGUUCCACAGUUUUGCUUUGCUGGCAACCAUCGGAACCUAUCUGCGUGGUAAGAACCCAAGUCUUACAUACUCAUUCAAGACACCAUAUGGAGGGGUUGAAGCUCUAAGCACAAAGGCUGUGCUUGUGGACUUCAGCUGCCCCUCGGGGCAAGAUGACUACUACAAGAAACAUGAAAUAUGUCGUGUGUUUGACUUCAGUUCUGGCACGCUUGUACAGAGCAUACCGCGUGAGAUCAAGUACAAGUGCCUGGUGGGACUUAUGAUCCUGAAUCGAGUCACAUAUCACUACCAGCUGAAGCUUACUUCCCUUCCAUCACAGGCAGAAACUAAAUACACCCUCGUCAUACACAGUGAGCCGCGAGAACACCCCAAGUGUCGUGUAGUUCUGGCGGUGGCUGCUAUUCCUGCCCGACGGAGUGUGCACGUUGUGUGGCAGAGACCUGACCGUACAGCCAGGAUUACUCACUAUUUGGUCUCACUAUACCAGAAGAAGGAUCUUCUCAGCACCGCCAAGAAAAAGUAUGGAACUGAAGAACAUGAAUUUGAGAACCUAAGUCCUGGUUAUUACAUUGUCCAGGUGGAACCAAAGGCGGUGAAUAACACGAGCCCAUGUGGAAAGACAGUUUACAAGGGCAUUCAACUGAUUUACAUAGAUCCCCCCUUGAAAGAAGAAGACUCCACCUUGAAGAUCCUUCUGGCGGCAAUUAGUGGAGCAGUUCUGGCCGUGAUCCUCUUGAUCGUCAUCUGCUGGCAUGGCCCAGGAUGCAUCAGAUCAGCACACGUUUCAGGAAAUGGACAGACAUUAUUGGUGAGUGCGAGCGAUGUCCAGGGCAGAGUGAAGAAGCUGUCAUGUGUCCUUCGACAGAACCUGCAAGUCGACGUCCACUACGACCAGGAACAACUACAGCACAUCACAGCAGGGACCGGACUGGCGAAAUGGUUUGAGGACAAGGCAAAGAAUUCUAACAUCCUAGUUGUUUGCUCCAAGUUAGGAAAAGAAAUAUCGGAAAAUAAACAAAGGGAAAAUUAUUUCUACCAGGCUCUGGAACAGAUUGGACAAAAUCCUGCAUUAUCCAGCCGUGUAUAUUUUGUAUGUUUUGAUGGACAUCAUGAGCACAUGGAUGUCUUCUCAACCAAUGAUAAUCAUAAUGAGGUUAGGAUGAAGCCAGGUUGUUUCAGUCACUCUUCAAGGAAUGAUGUAGUGUAUGUUUUGCCUGAUGACUUUUCAAAUCUAGGGCACAAGCUGAAGAAAGGUGGAAUGGAUAAAAAUUAUAAGUUAUCAGAGUCUUGGAAAGAUUUCUGUAAAGAAAUGGUAAAUCGUCAACCACCAAGAAUGAUCUUCAGAAAGAACCAUGCAACAUCCUCCAUAGCAGAAAGUGAUGCCGUAUCUCGCAUGACUACUGAAACACUUAUGCGGUAUCCACAGGCUCAGUCCGUGGGUUCCAUCUCUGAUCAAAAUAACGACGAGAGUGGGGAAGAUGAAGAGCCAUGUCAGCUUGCCUCAGCAAGCAGAUUCCUUCUUGAUCAAAAGAAUUGGAGACCUUCAAUAAAUCUCCUGACUUUGAAAGAAACAGAUCUUGAUAAGAGUUGUGUAAGUUUAGAAGAGGUUUCAGAUAAACCUCAUGGUCAAAGCGAACUUGAAUACAAACACUCACCAGAUCUGCCAAGUAAUUAUGCUCUAGACUCUGGAUUUGUUUCAAGUCCAAUGAACUCAGUUGAUCCAGUGCACACUGAAAAGAAAUAUAUACAAAAUGAGUUUCAUCCAUUGCAACCCCAGCAUGGGAUGGGAGAUGGACGACAAAGAAUAUUGAAUGUUGGUUAUUGCAAUGUUGAUCAGCCGAACCUUCAUCCUGACCAGUAUGGAAUCGGAAUAGGGAAACGUGAUUACAGUUUGUCAGGUCAAGGUUAUAACCCUUACCUUCAUUAUGGCCAGCAGACAUUCAUUGACAGUGGACAUUAUGACGACAGUCGACUGUAUGACGAUAGUGGACAGUACGACGAUUCUGUGGGUCACAGCUGUUCUGCAGGCUGUUUUGAUCCACGGGGUCAGAUGUUUCAGCAUCACAUGCACGAAGGACCAUCCACUUUUGACAAGCAGGGCCAUACAGGCAGGUAUGUUUCCCCUAACCAGCUUCUACAGCACCUUCCUACAGAGCUGCAAUCAGACUGGUCCAGGGUCCACCCUGCCAUGUAUGGGACGCCAUUCAUCCCCUCACAGCACCCAUAUCUUUAUCAAGAAUAUGAUAAAUCUUUGUUUCAAGGUCAAAGUAUUCCUAAGAGAAAACAGUUUGUGAAUAAUCCACAAGUUCAAAGACAGUCUGCUCCUGGUCCUUGGGAUGGAGACUUGCAGGAAGGUGUUCCAUUGUUAAAUCCUUCAUCUGACGUCAGUGGUCCAGUGUUACCACACGUGGUGACAGACAGACUAAGCUCAGGAAGUGAGUGGGAUGCACCCAACAUUGAUUUCUGUCCACCUGAUGUUUUUGGUGGAAGUGAUGAUAAAUCAUUAACUUUUUGCAUGGAACAGGACGAAUCAGGACAGUUUGUCAUCAUACCACUGUACCAUGGUACGUUACCAGGCAACAGUCAAAACUGUGCACCCGACAGCAGUGAAGACUCUGCUCCUCACGUUGAAGUAAAGUCGUCCAGUAACCCUGAACUAAAAGUUGAAGGCGACCAAUCACAAGUUUCAGAUCAAGACAGGAAUUUACGCGUUCUGUCUCUGGAAGAACAGAAGAGGCAGAGCAAGUAGACCCAUUGU